GAAGAAGAAGAAGACGAAGAAGAAGAAGCUGUCAGCCGGGUCAGGGGGAAGCUGUGACGCUCGGCGGGAAGUUUGGUCCCGGGACAGUUUGGCGACACUUCACACGACCGGAGAGAUUUCACGGGCUCUGGAAGUGGCGGUUGGCAGAAUCUGGUGUCCCCUCGAAGUCGUCCUCGCCUCUGUCCACAAAAUGCCCGCCACUGCAGACAUCCACACGGAGGAGCUGCACGCGGAGCGUCCGGCCGCGGACAACAAGACGUUCGGUGUCCUCUGCGACGAGCGCGGGUAUCUGGAUCAGAUCGAGUACAUCAUGCUGCACGGCCGCGGGAAGGGCGACCGAACCGGGACCGGAGUCCUGUCUGUGUUCGGUGCUCAGGCUAGAUACAGUCUGCGAGACCAGUUUCCCUUGCUGACGACCAAGAGAGUGUUCUGGAAAGGGAUCCUCGAAGAGUUGUUGUGGUUUGUUAAGGGGUCAACAAAUGCCAAGGAGCUCUCUGCCAAAGGGGUGAAGAUUUGGGAAGCCAACGGGUCUCGGCAGUUCCUGGACAAUCUUGGGUUCACAGACCGAGAAGAGGGCGACCUGGGACCUGUGUAUGGUUUCCAGUGGAGGCACUAUGGUGCAGAAUACACAGACAUGCAUGCAGAUUACACAGGCCAAGGUGUUGACCAGCUGCAGAAAGUCAUUGACACCAUCAAAAAGAAUCCAGAAGACAGACGGAUCAUCAUGUGCGCAUGGAACCCCAAAGACAUGCCCCACAUGGCUUUGCCACCCUGCCACGCCCUCUGCCAGUUCUACGUGUGUGAUGGCGAGCUGUCGUGUCAGCUGUACCAGCGCUCGGGUGAUAUGGGUCUGGGAGUCCCUUUCAAUAUCGCCAGCUACGCACUUCUUACCUACAUGAUCGCCCACAUCACAGGACUCAAGGUAAGAGCGGUGUUCUCACAUCAAACCUCUCAUUUAACGCUCUUGUUACCUCAGUCGUCAUGUGUUUUUUUCCCGUCCCUUCAGCCCGGUGACUUUGUUCACACCCUGGGAGAUGCCCACAUCUACGUCAAUCACAUUGAACCUCUCAAAGUACAGCUCCAGAGAGAGAUACGUCCCUUCCCCAAGCUCAAGAUCCUGAGAAACGUGGAGAAAAUUGAUGAUUUCUGUGCAGAGGACUUUGAGAUUACUGACUACAACCCCCAUCCCACCAUCAAGAUGCAGAUGGCUGUGUAACAAUCGCAAACUAAAGACAAUUAAGGAUGAAUAUGGUUCAUGUUUAAGGGUAAAGGGCUUUGGAAAACUAGUUAUCACACUGUUGUAUAUUUAUGUCUGAUUGAUGUUCUUUUUUAUUACAAAGAUCAUACAACAAAAUCAUUAGAAGAGUUUAUCUAAUUCACCAAAAAACUAAGUGGGUAUUUUCCUGUGUUGUACUAAACCUUUAUACUACAUUAAGUUCUUUCACUUGUUUUAACAAAUCUACACUUGGGUUUCUGUAGCUGAACUGUCCCGAAUGCCUCCAAAAUGUUUCAAUAAGCUUUUGAUUCAUGUAUUUCUGUAAAAAAAAAGAUGAUACAUGUGGUGUCAGCUUCUGUUCUGAAAUGUCACUGAUGUGUACCAGGAAACAUGGAGCAAUUAAGCUGUUCACAAAGUGUAAAAUUGAAAUUGUGCUGUAAAAAAAAAAAAGACAAAACGAGCUGGCUGUGUUUAGUUGAUGUAACUCGGAUGAGUCUAAUAAAGCCUUCGGUGACGUGUUCAA